AUGACGGUUACCAAGGGCCGAGGGAGAGGCUCUCGCAACAAUAAUGCGUCAAACGUUGGCUCGUCGGCGAAUGUCAAGGUUAGUCGGUCUAAUAACUGGUCAUAUAUCGACAUGGGCUCGGUAGCUGAGCUGUAUGCAAAUUUGCAGGCCGAAUUUGCUCUCUCAGGUGGAGAAGUCAGUUCGUCUCUGCAAUCAGUCCCUGGAGCCAAUGAGCAAACGCGUAUUCAGGCUGAUAUUGGCACUUUGUUGACUCAUAUUGAAAACCGACUGGCCACGUGUAACGAAGAAUUGGCAAAAGUCAAGCGUAUUGGUGAUAUUGUCGAGGAAGAGCGACUACGACGGAAGAAAAAGAUCAAGCGGGAGAAUGGCGAGGCUGUUGAUGUCGAAGACGAUAUUAGCACCUCUGCCGGGGUUGAAACUACAACAGAUAGUAGAGAAAAGAGCAACGAACCUGACCGAAGGGAUGACAGCAGUUCGAGUAUAAGUAAAGUCAAAAGAGAAGACGACGAGUCUGGUGCGACAGUGAAAAGAUCUGGCAAGUCAGCCAAGUCGACAGCUGACGAUGCUAUGGGCGUCGACGAAGAUGAUGAUCAUGCUGAUAGUAAUAGAAAGAAAGAUGAAGACUCUGACAAGACAAAUGGUGGGAUUUCCAGAAGCGAUAUUAAGCGAGCUGAGUCAGUGGAUUCCGAACCUGACCUUCCUCUUGCUGAUGAAGUCAUGGCUAGAUCCAGGGCAGCUGGAAGUUCCGACGGCAGUAGUUCGGAUGAAAGAACACAUACCAAAAAUGAACCAGAAACUCCUCCUUUGAAACUGGCUCCUGUAUCCAAAAAUUACUAUGAUCCAGGUACACCACGGCAUUCAGCAACUGAUUUUGCAGAGAUUCAAGCUUCUUCAAUUGCCGCGUUGAAACUGUUUGACGAGUCUAUCACUGUAGACUCAGAGGGGAAUCCUGUGAACGAUGUCGAAGUUUUGAGGAAGAAAUAUGGCGUUGCAUCUUUUCCUGAAUCGAAUUUAAAAGAUCUGCUACCAGGAGAGAUCCCAGAUGAAGACUUUACACGAGCCAAACCGGCGAAUCAAGUGCAAUUCUCGACAUUUGCGACAUUCAUCGAGCCUUUUUUUAGGCCCCUUACAGAAGAGGAUAUCUCGUUUUUGAAACACAAAUCAGUUGGGUUGGAUGGUACAUACACACGAUCCAUUGCUUCACCAUACCUGAUUCCACCACUUGGUCCUCUAUAUUCGGAUACAUGGGCUGACGAAGACGGUCAAAUUGCAAAUACCUAUUCGUUGUCUCCGCCACCGUCCGGCAGUUUCGAAAAAGCAUUGUUUAAAGGAUCAGGCUCGUCAGAGGCCAUUAAUGAAGACACUCUGGAUGCUCCAUUCCCAAAAGUAUCACUUGGUCCAUUAGCUUCACGUUUAUUAUCAGCAUUAUUACGAGAACCAGGAGAGUAUGAUACCGAAGUCAAGGAAGAAGACGAGCCAAAAAUCAAAUCUGAAGACGACACUGUGACUAAUAACUCGACUACUACGUCGUCACCAUCAGCAUUAGUUUCAGCACCAGCUUCUGCCAAUACCACACUGACAACCAUAGCUACAUCAACGGCCACUUCAUUGAAUGCUACGCCAUCUAAACCAGCCAGCUCAUUAAUCGAGCCUGCUAAAUACACCAAUGUCAAAGCCGACUAUGUGGACCUGGACGACCGGCUUAAGCGUGAGUUUCGAUAUGUGGGUAUUUUAGACGUGAACCUGCUCCGCAAGGAAGACAAGAACAAGAAACGGUUGAAUGGGACUAGUGAGACAAAUGGAUCUGCUGGUAACGCUGCCAAUGGAUCGUCGACGACAGUUGCAGCUAUUGCUGAUGACGACGAAGCUAGUUUCGAGAUGUACUGGGCCAAUGGCACUGAAGACGACGAAAUCUGCUAUGAAAUACGUAAACUGCAAAAGAAGUUCCGACAAGUGACCAAAAUCAACCAGGCCUGUAAACGAAUACUGCUGCCCAUAGUGCAAGAGCAAAUGGCGUACCAGGAGUACACACAGAUCCUGGAAGAUCUCGACAAACAGGUGGACCAAGCGUAUGCCAAGCGAAUGCGCAACAUGCCAAAAGGCAAAAAGAAAAAGGGGUUUGCAGCCAAUCUCAGCAACUCAGCUGGCGGCUCGACACCCAACUCAUCAGGACCAGAAAAACCUCCCAGCUAUAAACCGCUGCUGGAAAAACGGCUGCGAUGGAUCGAGAAAAUCGGCAGCUACUUCAAACCACCAGAAAUCAUGAAACGCACCCCCACCGAGUCCAUCUUUGCCAACAUCCAAAUCGACGACGACGACGACGAUGCCGAUGCCGGCGACGAUGACGAUGACAUGUACAGUAUGACCUUAUGA